UUGUUAUCGACCUAAGCUCUACGCGGGACGUAUAAUUUGAGAUUAAUUUAUUUGUCAAUCGCAACUCUGGAUGCCUUUGGCGACGCGGACAUGAUCGCCGUCGCAGAACCGCCGCUGGAGUUUGUGCCGCGCGGCCGUCAAUCGUCCGCGGAGCAUCCGGGUCCGCACGACCAGCCGCUUGUGCGGCACCAGCUGCCCACCUCGGAGCACUUGCUGCUGCAGCGUCUCCAGAAUGUGAACAUCUCGUCGGCCGGCGAGGAUGGCCCCGCCGGUGGCCAGGAGUCGUGGACGAUCCGGGAGAUGUACGACGACUACGAGGCCGCCGAGGAGCGGGCUGCCCGACGGCGCCAGCUGAUCGAGCGGACCAAACGAUGUGGUCCCAAGGCGGCGGCGGCCACCCAGCUUACCUCACUGCCCCAGAACCUUCUGCAUCCGCCACUGGAGCGGCGCGAGGAGCCCAUGUGCGACUACAUGGUGAACAACGAGGAGGAGCUCUAUGUCCACCGCAACACGGUCGUGUGGACGCAGGGUUUCAAUGACGACGAUGACCACGAAAACGGGGUGUACAAGCGCAUGUGCUUCACCAGCGAUUCGCCGGUGCGUUUCGCCUGCUUCCUCAAUCGCAGCUUUGUGCGCGGACGACUGGCCCAGUUGAAGGCGGUCGUCCAGUCGCAGGACGACAAGCUGACCGCCAUCUGCGUGAUGGACCAGAACUCCCUGCGGGUCUACUGCAAUGAUGGGGAGGACUUCUUGGCCAACCUCGACUUCCCCGUCUCGCAGGUGUGGCAGACCAAACAUGGCCUGCUGCUGGAGAAGGACUCCAGCAACGCCCUGAUAUCGCAUCUGUCCAUUCCGAUGCCGCGGCUCUUCUCCAUGUCGCAUCCACUGCACGAGGCCUGUCCCGUCGUCCUGAAGACGGCAACCAGCUCCACGGGCUACAUGACCGAGCCGGAGUACUGUGUGGUCUUUGCCACCGAGGACUCGGAUUUGGUGCUGCUGUACGAUUCCAAGUUAUUCAAGCAUUUCGUGGCCCGCCUCAGGAAGGUCACGCCGGAAGAGGUCAACCUUGUGGGCCAGCAGCAGCAGGAGCUGGGACACACGCUCCUAGGUCCCCGUUCGCAGAUGGGGGGCAAUAGCUACAGCUUCAGCUCCACCAAGCAGACGGGAGCCACACCGAAAGGCGCGAAUGUCUCGUUUCUGGGCAGGAAUAACACCACCACCGGCAUGGGCAACCUCUCCAAGUUCGGGCUCAGCCAGUCGCAGUCGUUCAGCGGAGUUCUAGGCCAGUCCAAUCGCGCUUCUUUGGGCACACCAUUAAGUCAACUGCAGAGCAACAUCAGUCAGCAGUCCAUGUUCAUGAAGGAUAUGCGCAAGAUGACGCACGUGAAGCCGGCAAAGCCUAUUGAACCGGAAAUGUGUCUGGAGCACAUCUGGACGGAGAACACAUAUGGAACGCAACGCGAGUUCUGCGAGAUGGCAACCCGAGCCUUUAUCCACACGGAUCUGGUAGGUCAGACCUUCCUGUGCUACCUGCUGGCCCGCUCCUGUCGCCUCCAGUUGAUCCGCCUCACUGGCUAUGGGGGCGGCGAUGUGCAGCUCUCCACACUGGCCUCCACGCUGGCUGCCAAGGAUGCGGUGGGUCUCAACAGAAUGCACAUGAUUGCCGUCCUCGAUCCGAGCGGCAGUUUAAUCCUCUACACCGGCACUGUGCUCAUUUCCAAGGUGCACAUUACACCGCUGCUGGCGCCGACUUCCAUUCCCAUGCCAUUGGUAACGCCCAUGGCUGCUGGGGCGUCUCCGUCUGCUGCGUGUCAAGUGAAAACACCAGUGGCAGCUGGAUGUCUAGGCGGAAAUCCUUCAGGGAGCAGCUCCUUUGUGGAGGUGCGAAGGAGCAGCCUUCUGCCCACGAAAGCUCCGGGGGAUCUGGCCGCCUUUGAUGAGGAGCUUCACAUGUUAUCGCCCAUCGCUCCGCAGGCUAUUUCCUAUACCCAAAGGCAGGCGCAUAAUGUCUGCAAGUCGCUGAGAGAUCCGGCGGGAAAUAGAUUGACUUUGGUUUAUGCCACGGGCAGGAUGCUGAGAAUAGCGCUGCCCCUCCUGAACGACACACGCUUGCUCACCAGAUGUGUGGCCACACUGCGACAGGUCUUGAGUCCCGCACAGUUCCUGCACUUUGUGAUCCGCUGGUACAGCGCCAGGAAUCCGCCAGGAUCUAGGGACUACUCCAUAGAGCAGGAAUGGCUGCUCUUCCGCUGCACUCUGCUCGCCCUGAUGGGUCUGACUGCUGCUCCGGACGUGGAUACGGGCGAGAACUACGGUAGGUGUGCCACACCACCGUUGGAUACGCAUUUCGGAGGAGUUACAGCCACAGGAUCGGGCGACGGAUCCAAUUGCAGUUCCAACUCCACGCUGGGUGCCCAAGAUGAGCCCAAGAAGCGUCGAAAAUACAAUGAUUGCGAGGAUUUCACGGACGAUGACUGGGAGUUCCUGCUGCUCCAGACGACCCUGGCUCCCUGUGGAGCCGAUGGUCAUAGCUACAGCGUGAACACCAGUGCGCCGCUCUUCCAAAUGAUACCCGCAAUCUUCUUCAGCCUGCAUUUACUAUACGAAGAUCUCAAACUGGACGCUGUCUUCUAUGCAGCGCUUCCCUAUCUGGCAACGUUCCUUCACCAGCUAGCCAUUGAUAUGCAGCUGGACAGCUAUGUGCUGCACUACAUCCUCGACUUUCCGGAACUCUCCAAUCGCACGGGAAGGCAAUCGCUGCUGGGGGCGGAGCACGGAGCCAUGAUGCUGCACCAGGAACUUCUGCGGGUUCCGGCUCCCAGUGUUUUUGCCCAACUGGAGCACAUUGUUGUGGGCGAGGAGGAGGUGAUGCCCUAUAGCUUUAUGGAGUGUGUGAACGAGCGGAGUCGCAACCUACUACAGCUCGUAUCCCUGGUGGUUCACGGGCAGGAACGUCUCAAGCACUGGUGGCAGCUCCUCGAGAUUCCCGAAGCCGUUCAGGCCAACUAUCCGCGCCGCGUUAAGCGGAGUAUCACGGCGGAUGCACCACGCUGUCACCAGAUGCUGGAGUUGCUCCUGGCCAUGCGAUUGACUAGGCGGGACAUCGAACGAUUCCCAGCGGCAGUGCACCUAAUUGUUGCAGAGGCUCUGGAAGAGGCUCGUCUGUCGCCGCCCAUGGGCUGCAGCAUGGCCACCUAUGAACUAAUCCUACGCCCGGAGCUGGCGGCUCACGCCCAGCUGCCAUUCCUGGAAACAAGCACAGGGCAGCCGCAUUGCGGCAGGGUCUACAAGGAAGAUUCGCUCUCAACCAGAUGUCCUCCAUCCGGAGGGGUCGAAACUGAUUCAUCGGAGCAGUUGCGCCAUGACGACAUGGAUAAUAUGGACACCAAACUGCUUCGGCUGCGUUUUCCCGACGACAUGCGGGUGGAGGAAGUGCGUCGCCUGCUCAAUAGCUCGGAACCGGUGGUCAUUGAAGUCCAGCAAGCGCCCGGAACCAGCGACCAUGAGUUCAUUGAGGAGCAGGAGAAGCAGCUGUUUGCUCUGUGCGCCAGGACGAUGACUUUACCUCUGGGCAGAGGAAUGUUCACCCUGCGAACGAUGAUGCCCAGACCCAGCGACAGCUUGUCUAUGCCCAAAUUGUGCCUGGUGGGCAGGGAGCCGCUGAAGGGCACCACCAUCGAGAUGCAGCAAAUCGAGUUCCCUGCCAAUAUGCAAAUGUGGCCUUCGUUCCACAAUGGCGUGGCCACUGGCUUGAAGAUCUCGCCCCACGCCCAGGACAUCGAUUCCAAUUGGAUUGUUUACAACAAGCCCAAAACCCAGGCGAACAAUGCCCUGGAGCAUGCUGGUUUCCUCAUGGCUUUGGGCUUGAAUGGUCACCUGAAAACCCUGUCGUUCAUGGGUCUCUAUAAGUAUUUGGUGAAGUGCGAUGAGAUGACCAAUGUGGGUCUGCUGCUUGGCAUUUCCGCCGCCCAUCGAGGCACAAUGGAUACGAAAACCACGAAGCUAUUAAGUAUUCACUUGGAGGCACUGCUCCCAGCUACCGCUAUGGAGUUGGAUAUACCGCAGAGUACACAGGUGGCCGCUCUGAUGAGCAUUGGUCUGCUUUAUCAAGGCUCAGCCAAGCGACACAUUGCCGAGGUGCUGCUCCAGGAGAUUGGCAGACCUCCGGGCCCCGAGAUGGAAAACAGCGUAGAGCGCGAAUCGUAUGCCAUGACAGCUGGCUUGUCCCUCGGAUUGGUCACCCUGGGCCAAGGGGAAUCGCCAGCGGGACUCAGGGAUCUCCAGCUGCCGGACACGCUUCACUACUAUAUGGUGGGUGGAGUGAAGCGACCCAUCAGUGGCUCGCAGAAGGAGAAGUACCGACUUGCUUCCUUCCAAGUUCGCGAAGGCGAUACCGUCAACAUAGAUGUCACCGCUCCAGGCGCAACUCUGGCCCUGGGACUAAUGUUCUUCAACUCUGGGAAUGCGGCUAUUGCCGAGUGGAUGCAGCCGCCCGAUUCGCGCUAUCUGCUGGACAUGGUGCGUCCGGAUUUCCUUCUGCUGCGCACCAUUGCCAGGGGCCUUAUCCUGUGGCAAGACAUCCGCCCGGACAACGAGUGGUUCCAGGCGCAGUUUCCGCAAUCUCUCCGGGUUCACCUAAGACUCCCAUCGCGCGAUGAAGAGACACCCGCCGAGGACGGUGAUGUAGACUACGAGGCCAUCACGCAAGCCUAUUGCAAUAUCAUGGCCGGAGCGGCUUUUUGCAUUGGUCUAAAGUACGCGGGCACGGAGGACAUGGUGGCCUUCGCUACAUUGCGGACUGUGAUCAAGGAGUUCCUCGGCUUUCCUGGCACGUCGAUGGGCGAAUGUGCCGGCCGCACCACAGUGGAGAGUUGCCUAAUGGUGCUGCUCAUAUCGAUCUCGCUGGUCUUCGCCGGCUCCGGAAACUGCGAGAUCCUUCGCAUCAUUCGGUACCUUAGAUCGCGGGUGGGACCGCAGUAUCCGCACAUAACCUACGGCUCCCAUAUGGCCAUUCACAUGUCGCUGGGCUUGUUGUUCCUCGGCGCAGGUCGCUUUACCAUCGCAAAGACGCCGGAAGCUAUUGCGGCACUGAUCUGCGCAUUCUUUCCCAAGUUUCCCAUACACAGCAACGACAAUCGUUACCAUCUCCAAGCACUGCGACAUCUUUAUGUGCUCGCCGUGGAACCGCGCUUGUUCCUUCCUCGAGAUAUUGACACCAACCAGCUGUGCCUGGCCAACAUAUCGGUGCUGGAGGUGGGUGCCACCGAGAUGCGACGGCUGCCCAUUGCUCCCUGCAUCCUGCCAGAGCUGAGCAGCCUGCAACAGGUGGUGGUGGACGACGAGAACUAUUGGCCGGUGUGCUUUGAGCGUUCCCGCAACUGGCAUCAGUUGGAAAAGGCGCUGGAGUUGAGUGCGCCGAUCGAUAUAAAGAAGCGAACGGGCUGCCUCUCCCACUUGGAGGAUCCCGACCGGCUGAAGAGCAUGCUGGCGCAGACCUUGACGAUGGAGCAGAGCAUUUGUUGGCAGAUAGACAUGAACGACCUGCAGCAGUUUGCCAGCGAGCGGAUAGUCAAGCAGUUCCUGAGUCGCUGCCUGGCCACGAAAGGCACGGAUCUGAGUUACCCGGAGCUGGUGAAGCGCCACCAGAUGAUGCUGCUCUUCUACAACGCUGUGGUUAAGGAUCGGAUGCAUUUGCUGCCGGUUUACCUAACGCUAUACGAUCACGUGACUAAGUCAAUGCUCAACAACAUCGAUGUGUGGCAGCUGAAGCUGAUCGAUGCCUAUUUGAGUCGCAGCCAGGAGUCGGAGCAUCCCCUCAUCUCCGUGGAGCUUAUCCAGAUGAUGCAGGAGCUCUUCAAGCAGGAAAUGGAGGACUCGACUCGCGAGUUGUGCCUGCCGCUGCGGGAGUUCCUCAGCCGAAAGCGACUGGAUCCGAGCUAUGUGACCACCGUCAGUGGACCGGAUCUGCAGCGAGCUUUCUGCGUGAUCAAUUACUAUAACCUGCUGCCCAAUAUGUUGAAUGGCGUGGACUUGAGUACGGGCACGGUGAACUACAUGCGCAUACUGUACGAAUUCCGACAACUGAAUCUCGGCGCGCACACCAUCUUCGGUCUGCUGAAGAUCCUGCAGUCACUGGCCACCGAAGUGGUUACUCUGGAUGAGGCAGCGCUUCUGGCUUACACCAUGGCCACCCAAUGAUCCUUGGUGGACAUACUCUUUUACUAAGACUAGAACAUAUGUUGAAAUAUCUGCAUGGAAGUCGGAUAUUAAUGCGCUUUAUAUUCAUUGUACACUGAAGUAUUUUGUGUCUUCAUUCAUAAUCAUAACUUUGCUUAAAAGUU